CUACUUAUUUGCUGGAGCAGUCAAGCACGGCUGCCGGCUGAGCGCGCCUACUCAUCUCCUUCCUUCCUUCCUUCCUUCCUCCUGCAUCUACAUGCAUACAUACGACCCCGGCUCACUCGGCCUCUCCUCUACGAUCGUCUUCUUAUAUCAGAGCGAUGCUUUGCUGCGCUCAGUGAGAUUCGUCUGUGCUAAUUAAGCGCGCGCGUGGGCGCGGUGCACUUUACCCUCAUUUUUAGAAGAAAGCAGCAGCAGCAGCAGCGCUGGGUGCACUAAGAGGAUCGAGCGGAAAGAAGACACUGACUCAAAGAAGCAAGAAGGCGUUGAGAGCUUGGCGGCAUGUCAGGCAUGUCGGCGGCUGUCACUGCAACUGUAUCGGCCGUCUGUGCGACCGUGGCGGUGUUCAUAACGAUGGCCGUGAUCAGGCGAUGCCGCCACGUGAGGAAGAAAAUGCACAAGAAGAUCGUGACCAAGAUCAUGGAGGAGAUAAGUAGGAGGAACCGGGACCGGCGAGCAGCCCCGGACGACGGCGCCGGCGUGGACGACGUGGUCAUCGAGAUCGGUCCGGUGGAGAAGUUUCUCCACGAGAUCUUGAACGAGAAGCCGAUGCGAUUCAGCUCCGGGCAGCUGGCGUCGUGCACCGGGAACUACUCCACCGAGCUCGGCUCCGGCGGCUUCGGGGUGGUCUACAAGGGGGAGCUUCCCAACGGGCUGCCCGUGGCGGUGAAGGUUCUCAAGGUGUCCAUGAACAAGAAGGUGCAGGAGGGGUUCAUGGCGGAGAUCGGCACCAUCGGCCGGACCUACCACGUGCACCUCGUCAGGCUCUACGGCUUCUGCUUCGACCCGGACACCAAGGCGCUCGUCUACGAGUACCUCGAGAACGGAUCGCUGGAGAAGUACCUCUACCGCGACGGGGAAGUCGACGGCGACAGCGACGGCGGGGAGGAGAGGAGGGAGAGGCUCGAGUGGCGGACGCUGCACAACAUCGCCGUCGGCACGGCCAAGGGGAUCCGGUAUCUGCACGAGGAGUGCCAGCACAAGAUCGUGCACUACGACAUCAAGCCGCCCAACAUCCUCCUCACCGCCGACUUCACCCCCAAGGUGGCCGACUUCGGGCUGGCCCGGCUGGGCGAGCGCGAGAACACGCACAUGUCGUCGCUCACGGGCGGCGGGCGCGGGACGCCGGGGUACGCCGCGCCGGAGCUGUGGAUGGCGCUGCCGACGACAGAGAAGUGCGACGUUUACAGCUUCGGCAUGGUGCUGUUUGAGAUCCUAGGGCAGCGCCGGAAUUACGACGCCCGGCUGGAGGACGAGAGCCGCGAGUGGUUCCCCAAGUGGGUGUGGGACAAGUACGAGCAAGGGGACAUGGAGUGCAUCGUGUCUGCGGCCGCCGGCAUCGGGGAGGCUGACCGGGAGAAGGCGGAGACCAUGUGUAAGGUGGCGCUAUGGUGCGUCCAAUUCCAGCCGUCGGCGCGGCCGACGAUGAGCAGCGUGGUGCGGAUGCUGGAGGGGGAGAUGGCCAUCGUGCCGCCGGUGAACCCGUUCCACUACGUGUCGAGCGGCGGCAGCUCCAGCGGCUGGGCGUUGUCGAGCGGCACCGGCACGUACACGAGCAGCAGCCGGGACAAGGGGAGGGACAGCGAGGUCUCGGCAGCAAGCGCUCCUGCUCCUAAGCCGAGCGUUGCAAUGGUGAAGGAUGGCAAGUCCAUUGAUCCAGUGACGGCAUAGGGUGAAGCUCCACACGGAGUCUUGCUCUGUUUCCAGUUUACACAAGUAGGAAAUGUUUUUUCUCACAAAAAAGUAAGAAAUGUUUUGUAAAUUAGCAUUAUUGACUUAUGAUUUUUGGGGAAUGCUUUUUUAAAGAAAAGAAAGGCUUCCCCUUUCUAUUUC